AGAGAAUUUCCAUUUUUGGGUGAACUAUCCCUUUAAGAUCAGUAUUAAAAAAUGUAAUAUGCUGAGGCCUUUUCUGUCUCAGCAGGUCAUUAGUUGAAACCAAGUUUUUUUCUGUUAUUUGGCUAGGUACCCUACGUAGUGUGAUCUGGUUGUAUACUGCAAGUUUUUGUGAAUUUAUAACACGAAUAAUGUCUGUUUAUAGUUAAUAGCAGCCCAAGUUUUAAUAUAAAACACAAUAAAUGACAAUAUUUGAAUAAUCUGAACCCCUGAAAGUUAUCAUGCGCUUUUCCACUGCAGGAACUUUUCCUCGAUACUGGCCAUUUUUAAAAGACCGGUUAGUAAGCUUCGCUAAAACUGAAAUGGAUAGAUGGACAGAUGCUGCUGUGCAGGCUCUGCUGAGUAUUUAUGGAGAAGAAGAAAUUCAACUGUUGAUGGACGAGCAGCAGGUAGAGGUGGGGUCUGUUGGAGAAGAUGGUGACAUGGAUGGUGCCAUCAGAGGGAUCCUCCGUGCUGCAGCAGGGGAAGGGGCUACUGAAGGGGAGGGCCCUGAAGAUGAAGGAGAGGGGCCUGUUGAUGGAGGCAACGGGAAAGACGCCCAAGAGGAUGAUUCCUCGCAAAUUGCGACUGGUGUUCGCAAGUGGAGCUCAGUGUGGGUGCACUAUCGGAAGCUUGACCAGGAGUCGAAAGCCAUGUGCUUGCUGUGCACGGAGAAGAUCCAGCACCAGAGCAGUACAAGUAACCUAAUCAGACAUCUACAGCACAGGCAUCCCACUGAGUUUGCACAGCUUGAGGUUCACCCACAAAAGCGGCCAAGCAAACGGAAAUCUACAGAUCCAGUCCACCGCCCCCCUUCUCCCACAUUAUCUAGCGGUACCCCAGCCAGGUCUCUCUUUGUGUCACCAAAGCGUGAUGUCCGUGCACCCAGCAGUACCAUCUUAGACAAAUAUCCAGGUACUAAGUGGUCUGAAGGGUUGCGUUUAUUGGAGCGAGAACGGGAGCUGACAGAGGCGUUAAGGCGUGUCCAGCAGGAGGAGGGGCGGAGCAUUCAGCUGCAGCGGGAGUUACUGCAGCAGUUCCGUGAAAUGGAUGCUGAGCGCCGGGUACUUCAAAAUCAGAAAAGUGAACAAGAGCAGGAACAUGCAAGACUACGGAAGGAAAAGGAAGAACUUCAGGAGGAGAAGAAUGAACUCCAGAGGGAAAGAGAGGAAAUGCAGAAGGAGAGGGAGGAGUUUCAGAGGGAGAAGGAGGAGCUGGAGAAGCAGAAACAGGAACUGGAUUCCUGGAAAAAUUCCCAUGGACAAGGACAAACCUCUGGAUUUUACAAUUGUUGAGACACCACAGUAUAUCCAUGUCUCAAGGAAACAAGAUUUCCUUUUUAAGGAAACUGUUCUUUCUUUACCUUUUUUGUUUUAAGCAGAUUGAUGUAGAUUGGGGUAAUGGGAUUGUGGGAGUGGAGGUCAUGGCAGGGAAGUUGUAUUUUGAUUAGCAGAAUGAAAGUGUACCUAACCCUCUUGGAUUUUCAACACAUGCAUGCAAAUUAUAGAUUACCUACUGGUAAAUUACAGGUUUGCCAUGAGAAGGCCUUUAAUGUUAAAUAACUAGAAAACAGUCUUAAAAUCUAUCCACAUACUGUAUUUAUGAGUGUUAACCCAAACAAGGUUCAUUGUUCCAAAAUGGACUAGUGUGUGAAUGUAUUAACAUGUUUUUGUACAUUUCUCCACAGGGAAUAAAAAGAAAAACAUUCAGUAAGUCAUUUUCUACAGUCAUUUGGGCAAUGAACCUAGUUAUUCCUGACUAGAAUUAAACAAACUGCACAAACACCUCGUCACUGUGUUAUCACAUAACUUUGAAUUCACAAAUAUAGUAAACAUCAAGGUUGCAGAGAGAAUAUGCGUGAAGAGAAAUGUCCUUGUUUAAGAAGUUUUACCCCUAAAGGAAUGAACUGUAAUUUUGAAACAUUUGUAUAAAAUCAAGACCACUCACAUGAGAUGAUGACUCAUAUCAGUAACCUCAUAAAAGCUGUUUUAAUAUGCAUGGAGAGGAUCCCCUCAUGAGGGCUGCCAUGUUAGGAUCACAUGACCAGCAGAAUACUACUUGCAACCACCCUGUUAUUGGACACUUUCACUCACGAAUUAAGUUAAAGGUGCACUUCAGUAACUUUUGUCUUUGUGUCAUCUUGGAGUUACACUGACACCUAGCGGCUUGGAUGCAGCAUCUUUUAAAAUCAGCAGUUUUCAGUUUCAGAUGACAUUGUAGAAAUUUAGGGUGCGUUCUAUUCUGAAAUGAUCAUUCCCAUGCCAUGUUCCCUUGGAAGACUUCAUCAUCCACUGUGAAAGAUUUGAAAUGCUAAAAGGUUUGGGUUUUAAUGGAAAUUCUGUUUUAAGCAAUCUUACAGCAUGACUAUCAUGAUUGUUCUCCCUUCAAAGUGCCCUUCAGAGGGUGAUUUAUGCCGUUUGGAACGCAGUCUCUGCAUUCACAGUCAGCCAUGAUUACUUUAAUCAAUGAGUGAAAGUGUCAAAUAAGCCCAUUGUUCAAAGGUGCCUCAGUUUGUUCCUGGCAGGCAGUAGAUGCCCUAAUCCUAACCAUAUGGAGUAGGGAUGCACUGAUGAGUCAUGUUCGUUACUGUCAAGCUCCAUUGUCAUAAAAUAACCAUUAAAACAAUUAAAGUA